AUAUGGCAUGGACUGAUGAACUUUUUUUGAGUUGAUUUGUCUUCAACUACAUAUUAUGGAUAUGUUACGCACGUUAAAUGUGCAAGAGCAUAACCAUCCUCACAUUCUUCUUUUGCAAAUUGGAAACACCUUUUGCAAGCUUCCUGGUGGCCGUUUGAAGCCUGGAGAAAAUGAAAUUGAAGGCUUGAAAAGGAAAUUGUCAAGCAAACUUGGUGCUAAUUCUCCUUCAUUGCAGCCGAAUUGGCAGAUUGGCGAGUGUGUGGCUAUCUGGUGGAGGCCAAACUUUGAAACUAUAAUGUACCCCUAUUGCCCUCCACAUAUCACAAAGCCUAAGCUGUCCUGAAGAGGAAUUUUCAAUGCAGGAGUGUAAGAAGCUUUUCCUUGUUCACUUGUCUGAAAGAGAGUACUUCGCAGUACCCAAAAAUUUGAAACU